ACUUGCCCUCCUGUACCUCCCAAAAAAAAGAAAAGAGAGAGAGAGAUGAGUCGUCUAAGAGAGGAAGAGCACUUGAUUGCUGUAAGAAAAGGUGCAUGGACGAAAGAAGAAGAUAUUCUGCUGAGGAAAUGCAUUGAGAAGUACGGGGAAGGGAAGUGGCGCCAAGUUCCUCUAAGGGCAGGCCUUAAACGGUGUAGAAAAAGCUGUAGGCUGAGAUGGUUGAACUAUCUCAGUCCAAACAUCAGGCGUGGAGAGUUCAGUGAGGAUGAAGUUGAGCUCAUCAUCAGACUUCAUAAACUCUUAGGCAAUAGAUGGUCCCUAAUUGCGGGUAGACUGCCUGGAAGAACAGCUAAUGAUAUCAAGAACUAUUGGAAUUCGCAUUUGACCAAAAGACUUGCUUCCAACGUCAACAAAUCCAACCCCAAAUCCGAGGAUCAUGUGAUCAUAAGGCCCAAACCUCGGACUGCCUCCAUCCAUCCAAAUUGGCUGAAAGAAUCGAUAUCCAUGGUCGAGAAUCAACCAAAAGAAAUGAAUAGAACGUGGACAGCGCAAAAGCAGCCUGAGGAUUCUACUUCUUGGUGGCAGAGUCUAUUGGCUGAAGUAGAGAAGAGAGAAGAGGAAUCUGCUACAAGCUCGGUGGUGGAAGAUUUUGAGGGAAUGAGAAAGGAAGCGAAUGCCUUGGAAUGCGGAGUAGAAUUGGACGGCUGGCUUUUAGAAAUGGGAAUUCUACUCUCGACCCCAUAAACACGCAAUAAUUACCCAUUUGAUGGAGCUUUUUGCUAAGCCCACACGCGUGUAUAAUUCACACUCCACGAGCAUCAUCAGAUGUAUUAGCAUGAGUGAAAUAUCGAAGCCAUCCAUCAGGUUUUUAGGAGAUAUCCGCUUCAGAAGUCCAUGCAUAAUUAUCUGAUGCAGUCAACCAAUAAUAGCGAAAGGCUUCUGCUCCAAAGAUAAAGGAUACGGAUUGCGUGGUUUGCCCACCUACGUGGUGUGUUGACGUCACCUAGCUUUGUGGGCUCCAUCAUUAUUUAUAUCUUAUAUCCACACCGUACAUACAUUUUAUGAGAUCAUUUUAUUUUGUGGAUAAAAAAUGAGCUAUUUUAUAAGCUCAAGUGACCCACGCUGCUGAAAUCAGUGGAUAUUGAACGUCUACCAUUGAAACUUCUUGGGUGC